UGAACGCUACCGCUCUUGAACGCCUCCCUCACUGGACGUUUCAUGGCGAAGAUUACCCUAUGUACAUAAUUUGACCUCUUUAGAGGGAGGGAACUUCCCAGCAGUUGGUUUGAGAGAUCGGAGCAUUCAGCACGUUGAUCAGCCUUGACUGAACCCUGUGUGUCAGAGUCUGAGGAUGAAGAUCGCUGUGCUGGGAGCCACUGGACAGACCGGACAGUAUCUGGUCAACCAGGCGCUGCAGCAGGGCCACAUGGUCACCGCCAUCGUCAGGAACCCGGGAAAACUCACUGUGCAUCAUGAUAAUCUCAAGGUGGUGGAAGCUGAUAUUUUCUCACAAGACAAUUUGAAGACUCAUUUCAAAGGACAGGAUGUGAUCAUGUCCUGCCUUGGCUUCCCGGCCUCCAUCUUCUCAGGGGUGACGGGCUACACACUGUCCAUGAACGCUAUGAUCAGCGCCAUGCGAGAGGCCCGGGUCAACAGGAUCAUCACAAUGACCUCCUGGUACACUGAACCUAACUCUGGAGCGCAGUCAUCUUACCUCAUCCGGUUCCUCCUGCUGCCGAUGAUCCGAAGCGUCCUCACCAACAUGCACGAGAUGGAGCAGUUUCUACACAAGACUGAGGACAUCAACUGGACGGUGGUUCGCCCACCUGGUCUCAAGAACCUGCCGGCCUCAGCUCAAGAGUUUCUGACCCAUGAAGGAUAUUUUGUACCCGACAGCAGUGGUAAUCCCGCAGGCAGCGCAGUGGGGAGAGGAGACGUGGCUCGCUUCAUGCUCUCUCUGCUCAACAGCAACGCAUGGGUCAAGAAGGGAGUCGCCAUCACUACCAAAUGAGAAAGAAGAAGCCUUAAGAGUCAAUUCGCACAAAGUACAAAUACACAUUUACUCACCAAUCUCUGGUGGGAUCUAGCCAUGCAGGUUUUGAGAUUCAGGCCUUUGAGAUUUCUGCCUCCACACCAAUAAAAAAAAGAGAUAAAUGUUCUGGAUUUACAGUCCACAACUUUUUGAGUGUUUUUAUUCACUCUCGCUGCUCUUGUCAACCUUGUUUCCAGCAGCAGCAGUGUACUGUUUUCAGCUCUGAUCAGUCCACUGUACACUACAUGCACUGCACCAAAAAGCAGAAUUAGCAAGUAACUGGUGAACAUAAUCAAACAUUUAGCAGCUAAAAAGUUAAAUAUUCCCCUCGGGGGCUGUUGGAGGGCAAAACAGAGCUACAAGGAAAGUGAAUAUGGAAUAUUGCAUUCAUGAGUUUUCCAUAAAAACAAGUUCACCACAACAACUUUAUAAAAUAAUUGUAUUCCAGUGUUGCAUUUACAGCUUAAGUAAGUUAUUACUGCUAUAAACUUGGAUCUGGAUAAUCCCACAGAUGUCAAUGUUAACAGUUUUUACUUGAACAUUUCUAAAAAAAGAGAUUUCUGUAAAUGUUUCACUGCAGUAAGGACCACAAACAAAAUUCACUUCACCUCUCUUUUAUUGGGGAGACAGCAGAAAUGACAGAAAUCGAUAUUUUAACCCUGUGCAAAUAAAGCCUUAACUAUCUCCAUGGUUAGAUGCCUCCACCAGAGCUAAGGAGGGAAGAAAUUAAUUGUAGUUUUUAUUUGGGGAGAACUGGUCCUUUAACGAGAAAUGUGUCAUCUAUUUCCUGCCUUCACAGUCUGCUACUGGAUAUAAUGGCAUAACUGCCUUUUAUAGCCUAAUCUGUCUGAUGAAUGUCUUUUUAUGACCUCUCGUUUAACAUAUAUAUAUAUAUAUAUAUACAUUUUUAUAUACCAUUUAAUUAUAUUGGCCAUACUUUAUUACUCACAAGGGUACAGUUACACAUUGUAGUACAUGAUUUCAGCCAUAUGAGGAUAGUGUUGUGCCAUAUCUGAUAGCAGUAAGAGCAAGUCAGCUGGAGUCACGGCAACAUUUCCAUUUGCUAGUUGAUUAAACAGAAUGAAUGAAACUCUUAUAGUGUUGCACCAUGUGUUUGCAUGAGCACUUUAUGUUCAAAUAUGUACUGUAUCAGUUCUGUAAAAUAAACAUAAAAUAAUGUUUA